AUGCGUUUCUCCGCCAUCGUCUCCGUCGCCGUCACUCUGAUGGGUUUCGCUGCUGCCAGACCCAGGGAGCGCACCACCGAAGUCCGUGACACAUCCGGCAACUACCUGUUCCGCCGCCAAUGUGACUGCAACCGCAUUAUCAACUGCUGCGUCAAUGGCUGCGGUGGUCGUGAGGAGUGCUGCAACACGAUAUGCAUGGACAGGUUCCCCGGCUGCGUCAACGCUUGCUAA